UUUAACGAUGUCGAUGCUCCUACGAUGAACUUUGCUUUAAGAUGCUUUGGGAAACCGGGCCCAGUCUGUUCGAAAAUUGGAUUAGGACAACGAGGCCCUAUCAAAGGAACCGCAAAUCUAACGACUCCUCCUCCGUCACGCCACCCUACCAUCACAUCCGUCCGUCGCAGCCUUGACCUCAUCCUACGAUUACCGUUUGUCGUUAAACUCAGUAGCUGACGAACAAACAGCAAUGAACAUUUCAUCCUCAAACCCAUGCAGUUACAAAUAUGAGGAUUACAGGGAGACAGCUGAUUGGUUGCUGUCCCACACUGAGCAGAGGCCUAAAGUAGCCAUUAUCUGUGGCUCUGGCCUCGGUGGUCUUGCUGACCUGCUGGACAACAAGACUGUGUUUCCCUACAAGGACCUCCCACACUUCCCCCACAGCACAGUACAAGGACAUGCCAGUCAGCUGGUAUUUGGGGAGCUGCAGGGGAAGCAGUGUGUCUGCAUGCAGGGCCGCUUCCACUUCUACGAGGGCUAUGACGUUGCCACGGUGACGUACCCGGUGCGAGUGUUCUUCCUGCUGGGGGUGGAGACCUUGAUCGUCACCAAUGCUGCUGGGGGGCUGAACCCCAACUUUAAAGUGGGUGACAUCAUGCUGGUCAAGGAUCACAUCAACAUGCCAGGCUUUGCAGGCCAAAAUCCACUGUGUGGUCACAACGAUGAAAGGUUUGGAGUCCGUUUUCCCUGCAUGUCGGACGCCUAUGACAAAGACCUUUCUAGACUGGCCAAAGAGACUGCUGAGGAACAGGGCUGUUCCUCCUUCAUCCAGCAAGGCGUAUACUGCAUGCUGGCAGGUCCCACCUUUGAGACCAUCGCUGAGUGCAGAGCUCUCCAGAAACUAGGCGCAGAUGCUGUGGGUAUGAGUACAGUCCCUGAGGUGGUGGUGGCCCGUCACUGUGGUCUCCGUGUCUUCGGCCUGUCUCUCAUCACCAACAAGGUGGUCACAGACUACAACAGCCAGGAGAAGGCCAACCAUGAGGAGGUACUGGAGACCACACGCAUGCGUACUCAGGACCUACAGAGGCUGGUCAGUAACCUGCUAGCUAAGAUGUAGAUCAGCCUCAGUCUGUCUGUGUAAACAGCCCAGGAACAUACAGUGGGGAAAAAAAGUAUUUAGUCAGCCACCAAUUGUGCAAGUUCUCCCACUUAAAAAGAUGAGAGAGGCCUGUAAUUUUCAUCAUAGGUACACGUCCGAGAUAGUACAGACAUGAGAAUAAUAUAUUCCUCUUACUUUAAAAAAACUUGAAAAUGCAUACCAAUGCAUAACAAUCAACGAUCACACUGAACAAACUGUAAGAUAUUUAGGACCAUAAUACAUCUAAACCAUCAACUGUUGCAUAGAAAUGUCUAAUUUGCCUUCAUGAAUGUACUGCACUAUGUACAUUAAUACUGUACUGUAAAUGGAAAUUCUAGUAGGUACAAAUGAUUCUCAUGAUCAUUGUGAUUAAGGGAUCAAGCACUGAAAGACCAAUCAAUGGUCUGUAUAUCACGUGGACCAACAAUCAUUGUGUUGUUACUCAUUAGUAAUAAUUAACUAUAUGUAUAUUCAUUGGUGGACCUUUAAUUCCACCAUUUUAAUCGGAGUUAAUUAUUUUAAUUGAAGACAGCUCCUUGAUGGAGAGAUUGCCAUACCUAAUCAUGGUUAUAAGAAUAAUCAAAUUUAUCUGAGUGAUAAAAAGUAUAACAUUUUUAAAAGCCACUGAGUGUACAAACAUUAAGAACACCUUCCUAAUAUUGAGUUGCAACCCCUUUUGCCCUCUUCGGGACUUGGACGCUACAAGGUGUCGAAAGCGUUCCACAGGGAUGCUGGCCCAUGUUGACUCCAAUGCUUCCCACAGUUGUGUCAA